AUGGUCAGUUCUAUUAACUCUGUCACAGUGGGUGCGAUGUCUAUGAUGUGUGGAAGCACUGAAGUUGUAACGGCAGCCUUAACCAUUCUGCAGACCUUUCCGCCUGAAUGCGAUUUGUUGUUAAAAAUGGUUGCAACUUUUGACACACUUAAUGCACUUAUAACUAAUCUCCGAGAAGGAAUUCACCUCAGUAUCGAUGCGAGCAUUCGUCCUUUUCUCAGUAAUAUUGCUCAGAGUAAAAUUGAUGGUCGAUCACUCUUUGUUAUCGAUGAUGAGUUUCUUCAACAAAUCGGCAUUUCAAUAUUUGGAGUUCGACAUAUUUUGCUGCAAGCAGUCGGUCUUCUUCGACAUCUUUGUUAUGGAAUGAAGAGUGAGAAUCUUCAAUCACUAUGUUUGCGCAUUGUUAUUAGCUCACGUGAACUUUCUAAUACCUUAAAAUUGGCGGACAAAUGUAAAAUAGCGUUGAAUAAAUUGAAUGUCAUUGCAGUUCUCAGUACAGUUUUGAUGUCAAUUUCUCGAGUUAUUGAAGAUAUUAAAAGACUUCUUGGAUGGUUAGACAGAAGUCCAUUCGAUCGAUUAGAAAAAUAUAUCGAAUUUCGUUCAGAUAUUGUUGGAAUUACUUUGGAACUUUCACGAUCAGUUUGUAUUCCUCGGAAGCAAUUGCUUUUCAAUUUUCGACAAAUUAAAGAGUUGUGUGACCGUUUAAUUAUCAAGUGCGAAUCCAUAAUUUGUCUUUCAAAUGAUCCAUCAAUUCUUUAUACGGCGUAUUUAGAACGAGUGGUUCUACGAAAAUUAAAUCCAUCAGAUGAUUGGGUUAUUUAA